GCAAAGUUCUAUAAAUACGCUUCGCCAAUGCAAACUGAGAGUGAAAUAUAGUGUAAUUGCAAUUGUGAUUAAAUAAAUGAAUAAACCCGCAAACUGAAACAGCAACAGCUUACGAACACGAAUGCAAACGCAAAGGCAAACAUUUGGAUAAGCGCAGCCGGAGCUCCAUGUUGGCGCCGUUGUCGCUGUCGCCGUCAGCGUGAGACGGCAACACGCCGUAUAUUUGUUAACAAGAAAAAAAAAAACAAUUGCAAUUCGCUUUCUUAAAGUUUCGCGUUGAGUGCGAAGAGAAAGACGCAAGGCCAGAAUAAAUUGUGAUUUAACGCGUGGCUGCACUUACAUAUAUACAUACAUACAUAUAUUGCAGCCAGCUGGCCACCGCCGUGGUUGCAGGCACAACAUAGUGAAGUGCCUACAUACAUACAUAUUCGUUGUUGUGUUCUUGUCGACGUGGGGGCAGCGAGAAAAACAAUCGGAUCCUCACGUCGCUGUCACCAGAACUGUCGUUGUCAAAUGCAGCUUUAAAACGCACUAUGCCGGCGGCACUGUACGCCAGCAGAGACCGACCACCAUCAGAGCCACCAGUGACCAUGAAGCGAAGCGACGCGACGCUCUGAAUUCUGUGGAUGCUUACAACAAAUACCAAAAAAGUUUUAAAUCGUAAAUGUGCGCAAUAAAAAUUAAACGCAUUUUGCACGUACAUACGAAUGCAGCAUGACAUCAAAAUCAACAGCAACAAGCAGUCACAACAGCAACAGCAACAAAAACAACCACAACAACAAUAAUAGCAACAACCCGUUCUAGUUAGUUCAACGCAUAAAACAGCUGAAAUACCAGUCUUUAAAGUUCUCCAACUCAAUCCAGCCCAACCCAACCUAACCACCACUACCAACACAUUAAUUAAAUUCCAUUUGUGCUCUUAAGCUUUAAAAGCUAAAAGGAAAUAAAAGAAAGUAAAUAAGCAGAGCAGUGCAAUUCAAUGCGUUUGUUCGUUCGAUUGUUGAGGAAAGUGCCUAAAUGUGUUUAAAUGAAUUUAACUUGCCCGCGUUUGACGUCACUCGCCAGCGCGUUCUUCAUCUGCCCGCUGACCGCUUUAUUCGAUUCGCCUCGCCGCCAUCUCGAUCUCGACCAGCAGCAGAAAAAACGGCUACGGCUUUACUUUUAAUCGUUUCGCGCGCAUCUUAAAUGCGUUUCGUUUACAAUUUUUUGUUAGCUCCUCGUGCUUGUUGCUAAUCGCUAGAUUUGCGUCCCAUCGACCAACCAACCAUUUGGUGCUUGGAUUACACAUAUACACACACAUUCACACACACAUACGCAAUCUGCAUCGCACGUCUUACCCAGCGCCAACAUCUGGAUUAUCUAAUUUCAUAUUAUGGAAAAAGCGAAAGCCUAUAUCAAAAAUGAACUCCGUGGAGGCAGCCUGCCAACGCAAUCCGAGCCAACGACAACACCACCGCCAUCAAAGGUUCAAGGAGCCGCAGAGUUGAUGCCUUCGCCAGGCGCCGCACACCGCACGCUGACGCCGACCGAGCAUCAACAGCAGCAGUAUAUACGAAGUCACCAGCAGCAGCAGCAGCAGCCACAACAUCCUUCUUAUGUAUCGCAGUCGUAUUACCAGACGGCACCUGUGAAGGCGCCACUGACAGGUCGAGUCUCUGCGCCACCGGAGCACAUACCGAUCUGUUAUGUGUGCGGGGGUCAUGGUGGCUACGAGCCGCUGCGUGUACGCCCUAACCACGAGCGGCCUAACGAGUCAUAUUUUCCGUUCCUAGAGCGUCACGAGCCGCCGAAUGGUGUGCCCAGUGUUGGCGCUAACCAGCUAUAUGUCAUGGCCUGUAUGCUCUGCUAUCGCUCCCUGAACGAGCAGUGGGACUCCUAUGAGCGCCAAAAGAAGCCACUGUUGCAGCGCAUCUACCACAUGAAGCGUGUCGAUGGGAAGGGCUAUAUUGGCGCGGAUGUGGCCACGCAGAGUGAAUAUGCCGCCCAGAUGCUUGGCCUUAGUGCCGAGCAUCUGACCCAGAAUGGUCUCAGCGAGCUGCAAAAUGCUGCUGCUGCUGCCUCGGCCGGCUACACUUCGGCCGAUCCCUAUGCCCUGGUUAGGCACUACGGCGGCCCACUGCCAUCGAACGCACGCGGAGAGUCACCGCACCACAGUACCUCAAGAAAUGGAUCGCCGGCGCCCAGCGGUGGGGCUGCAGUCGACUAUUAUCCUCGCAACUUAACUCCGACUAGUCGCAACUCAGUCGUACACAAUAAUCACAAUGCGAACAGCAACGACAAAUACCUGAGCCGUCCCCAGUCUCGGGACAUGCAGAUGCCCUCACCCUCUUCUCGACCGCCGAGUGCCACCGGUGCGGGUUACGAGCAAAGCACAAAAUCUUCCAGCUUUGCUCAUCACAAGUUCAAGCUCAGCCAGCAUGCCUACAGUGCUGCUAGUCCUGGCCAACCCCAAACCCCAUACGGCUCUAAUCCGCCUUCCUCUCCGUACCAGUCGCAGUCUCAGGCACAACAACAACACCAGUACCAUCCUCAUCAGUACCAGCAGUUGCAGCAACAAACUGCCGCCUAUCACAUGCUCCAGCAGGCAGCAGCCGGCACGCCCGAUCAUCAGGCCCUCUAUAAGGGUAAUCCCUACAAUGCCAUGCCCGUACGAAGUCCGUCGGCUCACAUGCCGCAGCCUCCAACCCUAGAGGAUGACAACGCCACGGUAUUGGAUUUGAGGCACUCCUCGAGCGCCAGCAGUGGCCAAACCGCUCGUACAACCGCAGCUCCUCCGCCAGUGUCGUCGACUAAUAACCAUGGCUCUCCUGCAGGCAGCCAGGUUGAGGUCGGCAUCCUCGAUCUGUCGAUGCCUGACAAGAACUCCAUCACUGAGGUGUGCUACGUCUGUGGCGAUGAACAGCGACGCGGAAGCCUAGUCGAACUGAGCACGGUGAAGCCUAAAGAUUCACGUGAUCGCCAUCAAGCUGCCUAUUUUCCACUCUUCAACGAACAGCAUCCGCGUCCGGCGCGCUCUCGGCCAAAGGACCCACGCGGCAUGAUUCAAGCAUGUAUGCCUUGCUACGAGGAUCUCAUGCAACAGUGGAAUGCUCAUCAGGCGUCGCACACACCGGAAGCGGAGCGCUCCUAUACCCUGCGCAAGCGGCCCGUGCCGGUGACAGAGCGGACGACAUUCGUCUGCUAUACCUGCGGCUGUGAUACGCCGUCCUCACAGCUGAGGCUCGUCUAUUGCUGUCCAAAUGCGGAACGGGAGCCCUACUAUCCCUUCAUCAAGACAAUGAAGGUCUACAAAAACGCUAGUCCAAUUAGUCCUCAGGGUAUGGUGCAAGUCUGUGCGAACUGCAACGAGAAACAUGCCAAUUUGGCCGAAGGCGGUGUGCCGGCUGCUCCACUCUCCAACGCCGUGGUCGGAUCUCCGGGUGCACCGCAUCAUCUGGACUCUGGUUCGACGUACGGUGCCGGCGGAGUUGUAGUCAGUGUCGGUGGCAAUGGAGUGAACAAUGCAACCACAUUCGCCGGGCACAAUACGCCAUCAGAAAAGUCACUCGCCAAUUCAGAUUCUACGAGCAAUGUGCGCUUUAAGCCCUACGAGUCGAAUUCAAACAACUCCAAUUCAAAUACCGCCCGAGACUUAAAGCAAAUAAGACGCACCGACUCUAGACCCAGCUCGCCAACCUCUACGCAGGGUCCCAUCGAAAACGGCCAUGGACAAUAUCCUUGUUCCAUUUGCAAAGUGCUUUGUGCGUCCAACAAAAUGGAAUGGCUUUCCACGAGUGCCGAGCACAUGAACUCCCAUGCGAUGCAUUUUCCUUGCCUAAAAGCCAGCAACAACAGCAACGGAGUAAGCAACAACAACAACAACAAUAACGAACUGAAUAGCAAUCGUGUACUGGCCUGUAAGGACUGCGUCAAUUACUUGGCGCGUCAGUGGGAGACAAUGGACGCGGAACGUGUACCUUUGGAGCACAGAAGAUACAACAUUCCAUCGCCCAUGAUGUCCUCAAGCUCACCGAAUGGAUCUCGACACGGCGCCAUGAGUAUAAACACUCCGCCCUCAACUCCGUCAAUAUCAUCAUCAACGGCUGCUAGUACUUCAAUAUAUUGUUUUUUAUGUGGCUUGCACUCAGAUUUAACUCUGGCCAGAAUCCUCUAUGGCAGCAAAGAGGGCUCAAGGCCAUACUUCCCAUUGUUGUUAAAGCACAACUCCCUACCAAAUGCUGAGCAGCUUAGGAACAAUUCUGCGUUGGUGUGCACUUUCUGCUAUCAUUCCAUGUUGAACCAAUGGCGAAAAUAUGAAGCCCAGAGUCCAAGUCUGAGUCCAGCGGACAGAAAGUACAACUGGCAUGAUUACAUUUGUCACCUUUGUGGCAUAACAACAUACAGAAAACGGGUUCGGGCGUUACCUGUGAACGAGUUUCCAUUUGUAAAGAAUCGAAAGAAUGACGACGGUCUUCUCUUGGAGAAUGGCGAGUAUGCCGUUGUGUGCUUGGAUUGCUAUGAAAGCUUAAGACAACAAGCUUCGCAACACGAUCGCUUUGGAGUACCCAUUUCUAGGCGGGCCUAUAAUUGGGUGCCCCAACCACCACCUCCGGAAGAUAGCCCCGACGCUGCUGUGGCCAGACUUCCCUGUGGUGAACGCUCUGAUAGAAUUCUUAUAAGCAACGCUCUCAGGCCCAUUCCAAGCAAAAAGACAACUUCGCCGAAGCAGUACGAUAAGUCAAAAGAAGUGCCUCCCAAGGCAGGACAAAAGCGACCCGCCACCAGUCCGGCGCCUCAUAUACCUGUGCCCCAUCAUCUGCAGACGCCGCCAGGUGCUGCUGGCAGCGGAAAUGGGGCACCACCCCCGCCGCCCACUAGUGCUCUGUUGAACCACGCCCUGCCAGCCAACCACAUUGGUGGACAGUCGCCUUCAUCAGCGCUGGCUGUUGCCCAACAGCAACAGCAGCAACAACAACAGCAACAGGCGCAGCAACAACAGCACCAGGCACAUCAGCAGGCAAUGGCUGCGGCGGUGCAACAGCAUCUCGUAGGUGUGGGUGUUGGUGUGCCACCCGGCGCCAUUAAUGCCAGUGCCGCCAAUGCGCGCGGUUCCUUUGCGGCAGCUCUGCGAACUCUGGCAAAACAAGCGGACAUCAAAGAGGAGGACGACGUAGGUAGUGGGGCACGUGAGCGAAGCGCACCACCCGGUGGGGGUGGAGGUGUAGCCCCGCCUUCCCCUGCAGUUAACCCAUCCAAUUCGGCUGUUCGCAGUGGUAUGCAACUGCAGAACGAACGUUCAGUCUCUGGCGCUGGAGGCGCAACCGACGAGCGUACCGCAAAUAAGAAACGCUCACCACCCUCACCACAGCCGCCGGAGAAGAUAGCGCGAUUGAGCCAUACGCCGCAAGCAGCUAGCAUUCAGCCGGAGCUUUUGGCACGCAGCGGUUUUCAGCCCUAUCGGUCCGAUGAACGACUCAUGCAUCCAGCUGGCCCCUUUCCACUCGAGGCUUACUCACAUUUUGCCGGCUUGUCCGGCAUACCCCCAGCAUUUCUGAAUCCAGGCAUGCCGUACUCCGAUCCUUUGUAUUUGGAGCAUCGAUACCAACUGCUACGUGCGGCUGGAGCUCAUCAUUCACAUCCACACGCUGCUGCGCUUUAUCCACCAAUGCCCUCGCCUUACUCCCAUCUAUAUUCAAUGAUACCGGGCGCAGCAUUGGGGAUUUCGCCAGCGAUACACGAUAGGCUAAAGCUGGAGGAGGAGCACAGACAACGGAUGGCGCGCGAGGAGGAGCGUGAGCGCGAAAUGCAUCAGCGCGAGAAGGAGCGUGAGCUGCGGGAGCAACGUGAGCGAGAACAGCGCGAAAAGGAGCAACGGGAACGCGAACAACGCGAGCAACGCGAGAAGGAGCAGCGCGAAAAGGAACAGAAAGAAAAGGAAGCACGUGAACGUGAAAUGCGCGAGAAGGAGCGGGAGGCGCGGGAGCGUGAACGGCAACAACUACUUAAUGCAUCGCAUCACUACUCCAACCAGUUGUACUCCCCGCUAAAUCGAAACCUGCUGGGCUCCAUGAUACCGCAUCUGAAUCUUGGCCUACGAGGUCCACCGACGGGUCUACACGGGCUACCUGGAAUGUCUCCUUAUCAUGCGGCCAAUGCUCAACGACAGAGUCCUCAUGCGGCCAUGGGCCUUAACCUGGGCUUGCCCGGACUGCCGGGGGUAACCUCCUUGGGUGGUCAUGGGCCACCCAAUCUGCAGCAUCAUCUGCAACAGGCGUUGAGCUUGCCCCAUCCGGGGGCGGCUGGUCUAACCCAUCCCGGCUUUUCGGCAGCGGCAGCACUUGGCUUAAGCCCGCAUCCGCAUAGUCUCAAUCUGAGUCACCCACACAUCUCCCCGCACCAUCCAUCCAUGUCGGCGGCGCACCAAUUGCCGCCACACACCUCCUCAGCAGGACCGAGCACAACGGCCGCCUCGGCGCUAACGACCUCGUCGUCCUCCCCGCACAACAGUCUUAAUCUGACGUCGAGUGGGGCUCAGCAGGCGCAUGCAGCAGCAGCCGCAGCUGCCGCCGCAGCGGCUGUUGUAUCGCUACCCACCACAAUGAGCAGCAGCGUGACCGCCUCAACAUCGACACCCUCAUCGCACAUUCCGCACUUCUAUCACCACGGCCAUCUGGCAGCAAUGCAUGCUGCCGCAGCAGCAAGUGGCUUGGCACCAGCUGCGGCUCACCAGCAACCCAUAUCUUUGGCUAGCAGCUCUGGAGGCACCUCGCACUCACACUCGCAUCCUACUUCUCCGACGAGCUUAAAAAUAUCUCCGCCGGUAACUGCGACGGCUGCUGCACUGGUGAAUAGUCAGAAUGGCCAGAAUCGGACAGCUAGCAGUCCGCACGCGAUGCGUCAUCAUAUUGCGGCUGCAGUGGCUGCAGCUCACCAGUCGGCGCUGAUUGAGAAAAGCGGCAAUGCGACUUCAUCUGCCAAUGUCGCACCCUCGACCCACGAGCCGACCACACUUGACUUGACAGGUUCCAAUUCGAAUUCGAGCAACCAAACGCCGUCCAAUGCGAGCAGCAGCAUGCCUAAUCCGCACGAGCUCAACGGCGUAGAAUCGAAUGGACCGACAGACAACAAGGAGCCAAAUUCUGGCAAGGAUGCACCGCUUAAGAGUGUGACACCACCAGUGGCAACUUUGGACAAAAAGCCAGCCACACCUACUACCGCCAGCAAUAACACCACAGAGAAGACGUUAUUGCCGGAUAGUUCUCCGGAUAAUUCCUCGCGGCGUAGCGCCAGUCCGCCAUCGGAGACGAAUACAUCGUUGUCCGCUAGCGGCCCACCUGCAGCAGGUAAUAUCAGUGGGGAACAGCUAGCAACCCCAAUCGCUUCUAAAAUACGACCCCCCAAGUCCUCACCGUCCCCGGUGAAUACGCUGGCCGCUAUACCUGCGGAUGCACCGACGGGCCGUGGCUCGCCCAGACCUUCCGCUGACAGCCUGGACGAGAAGCACGGCAAGCUGCCCACAUCGCCAGCACCUGCCGGGGCUGCUGACUCACCAGACACGGUGUCCGCCUCGGGCGGAGUUACGUCCACAACAAGUGAAGCCACAUCUCCGCCCGUGGUCAGCAGCAGCACAAAUGUGGCCAGCACCGCCGCACUGACCGUCUCGGUUGGCGACGAAGUCAGCACAAGUGCCACGCCCACUGUUGAAGCAGUGGCGUCCGCAUCUAAAUAAAGAGGAUAGCCCUACUGACCAGACCAGUUCCCCCUUCAUAUACAUACUAAACACACAUAUAUCUCUGGGCUUGUGUCUCAAGGGCACUUCUACUACUACAUACAUACAUACAUACAUACAUACAUACAUACUAUAAAUAUAUAUUGUUCAAUUAUUACCUUCGUUAAUUUUAAGUUUUUAAAGAGUUGAUGUAUCGUAAACGUAUUGUAACGUAUUUUGAUUUAUUGAAUCGGAACUAGUUCACAUCUACCUUCAGUAAACUUAGCUAUGAGAUAAUAAUUUAGUUGCUAAUUCAAAUGUUUAUUUAUAUUAUUAUACACUACAUUGUUCAAUGAAUUGCAAAAACCUAGAGAUUCAAUUUAAUAUUAUUAUCAUUAUUAUAUUAUUAUUAUUAUUAUUUCCCAUUACUUAUUACAUUUUAUAUAAAUGUGAAAACAUUAAGUUAGAAUUGUCGAAAUAAAACAUUUUCUGUUUAUAAAUUGA